AUGGCUUCAUCAUCAUCUUCUUCUUCUUCUUCAUUACUUACAGCCACCACCCUGACCCUUUUCUGUAUUCUCAUAACUCUUUCUUCCACAACAGCUUCAAAUGGCGGAUUCCGUGUCGAGUUGAUUCACCGUGACUCACCCAAAUCUCCAUUUUACAAUUCUCAAGAAACCUCAUCAGAAAGAUUAGCCAAGAAUCUCAAACGUUCAAUUUCUCGUGCCAGCCAUUUCAGCAAAAACACUUUUUACUCCCCAAACACUCCACAAUCCGAGAUAAUCGCCAACCGAGGUGAAUAUCUCAUGAACAUCUCAAUCGGAACUCCCCCAUUUCCAAUCCUCGCCAUUGCUGAUACAGGCAGUGAUCUUGUUUGGACUCAGUGUAAACCCUGCACUGACUGUUACGAACAAGAAUCUCCUCUCUUUGACCCCAAAUCUUCAUCAACUUACAGAGACCUUUCUUGUUCAUCAACCCAAUGCUCAGUUUUGGAAGGAACUGGUUGUACUGAAUCCAAGCUUUGUGAAUACGAAAUGUCGUAUGGAGAUAGAUCGCAUACACAGGGAAAUCUCGCUGUUGAUACAGUAACUUUAAGCUCCACCAAUGGCCGUCCAGUUGCACUUCCGAAAACCAUCAUUGGUUGUGGUCAUGACAAUGGUGGAACCUUUGAUAAAAAGGGUUCUGGUAUUAUUGGAUUAGGGGGUGGAUCUGUUUCUCUCACAACUCAACUGGGUUCCUCCAUUGAUGGAAAAUUUUCUUACUGUCUGGUUCCUCUGAGUUCAGACUCUGAUCAAUCGAGUCUGAUCAAUUUUGGGUCAAACGGUGUCGUUUCUGGCUCUGGAGUUGUAUCAACCCCUUUGGUUAAAAAAGAACCUGAUACUUUCUAUUACCUUACCCUCGAAGCAAUCAGUGUGGGAUCCAAUAAAAUUCCAUUUCCCGGCGGAGGAUCUUCAUUUGCAGAAGCUUCGGAAGGUAAUAUUAUCAUAGAUUCUGGAACAACAUUGACCCUUUUGCCUAGAGAGUUUUAUUCAGAAAUAGAAUCGGCUGUGGCUGAUGCCAUUGGUGCUGAGAGGAUUGACGAUCCAGCCCAGGUUUUGAACCUGUGUUAUAAAGCUACAGAUGAUCUGAAAGUGCCGGUUCUGACAGUGCAUUUCAAAGAUGCUGAUGUAAAGUUAGGAUCUUUGAAUACGUUUGUUAGAACGAGUGAAGAAGCUGUGUGUUUUGCUUUCGUGGCUGUGGAUAAUCUUGCGAUAUAUGGGAAUUUGGCCCAGAUGAAUUUCUUGGUUGGAUAUGAUACAGAAGCUCAGACUGUGUCCUUUAAACCUACUGACUGCAUCAAGGCGUAG